AUGGCCAAGGGCUACUUCCACUCCCAUCAGACCAACCCAUCUCAAUGGAAAAUUGCCAUCCAACCCGGCUACCGGACGGUCAAUAUUGGCCGCACCUCCAACCCGCUGCCCAUCUUGAUCCCCAACGUUUUCGCCCGCAGACCCUGUCAGAGCCACCCCAAAACCAAUAGCAGCAGCAGCAGCCACUCAAAAUCAUCGUCUGGUGGGCCAUCUUUGGGCACGGCGGCCAUUGGCAUGAGUGAUGAGUAUCUCUUGACCUGA